AUGGCUUUACUUGAUAUUCAACAACGUCCUUCCCAGCCAGUACAGUUAAAGAGUCCACAUGCCAAAAGUAACUCAUCAUCAUCACCACCAUCAUCUACUACAAAUACUACUACUACUACUACCACUGUGCUACCAAAGUUUGAAGAAACAGUAAAGGCAGCACACGGAGAUGCAAAUACACACUCAGGCCCUAAGCAGCAGCAGCAACCACUGUCAGUGUCAUAUGCUACUGCUACUGCAACUGAUUCCAACCCAAGUUCACUUAACUAUAAGCCAGGAGAGAGUCACAACCACGCAGGGUUCAAUGUGAAGGUGUUUAAUGUAAAUGAAUCUGUUACCACACCAGCAUCGGCUUUAUCUACCCCACCAGCAGUCAAGGCUAAAGGUGACUAUGAAUCUAAUUCCAAUAAUGCUACAUCAAAUUUUCAAUCACCAGGAUAUAAAACUGGGGAAAUCAUUUCCCAUCCUUUACCUACACCACCAUCAAAACUAAAGAGUCAAGAUUCUCCUUCUUUGCCAACACUUCCCUCAACUGAAGGUUCAAUAGAACAAGCCCAUGGGAGCACAGACGGAAGUGCUUCUGCUGCCAAUCAUCCUAAUGUCAAGCCAACGUCUCAUAUAAACACCGACGGUACUUCAACAUCCAAGACCAACCUUUCGAGUCCGGUAUGUCGCAAUUGUAAGACGCAAACGACACCAUUAUGGAGAAGAGAUGAAACAGGACAAGUUUUAUGUAACGCUUGUGGGUUGUUUCUCAAAUUACAUGGACGUCCAAGACCAAUCAGUUUAAAGACUGACACAAUCAAGUCAAGAAAUAGAGUAAAACUGGGUGCAAAUGGAGCUAACUCGUCGUCAAAGGGAGCAACAGCGUCAAAUACACCUGAAUUAAAGUCAAAGGAUUCGAAGUCAGGCAAGAAGUCACCAAAACUGAAGAAACUCAAGAAUGCAACUGGUGGUGCAAAUGGAAUUGGAGGUAGCAAUACUCACGGCAAUGAUUUAACACCACUUUUACCAGCUACUUCAGGCAGCAACACACCAGCCACUUUUAAACCAGAAGGCGGCAAUAGUGUAGGUGGAUCUCAUUCCUACAAUAAUUUAGCUUCAAUUAAUGGAAAUGGUUAUUACCAGCAACAGCAACAACAACAACACCUGUUGCACCAUACGCCACAUUUCCCUCCUCACUUACCAAACCAUGUUUUACAAGCACACCAACAAGUGCCAUUACACUAUCCGUCAUCUACACCAACUCAGUUUGCCCCUGGAUUAAGAAGAAUUACGUCGCCAUUGAUGUUAUCAACAACGUCGUCAUCAGCAGUAAGGAAUGAACCAAUAGCCGCACCAGCAGAGACAAACACCACUGCAGCUUCGUCAACUGCCGAGUCCAAUUCAAUGCAUGCAGCAGCUGGUGUGUUGGAAAACUUGUCUAACGAACUAGGUCCUAGUGCUACAUUCAAACCAGAUUUAAACACAGGAGCUAGACAAAAGGGAGUUUCCUUGAUGCAAAAGGAUUCAAGGCCAACUAAUAGCAACACCACAACUACAACCGGUUCAUCCUCGUCUAUUUUCUCAAGCGUUACUCCACCUCAAUUGCCACGUUUACCGGCGUUGAACAAGACUUCGCCCGCUUUUUCAGCAGCACAAUCGAGGUCAUCCACGCCAACGUUGCCUCCAUUACAUCAUGUUGCUUCUGGUGAGAUUACUUUGCCUUCAUUAAACAAAUUUUCUCUUCAACAACCACACCAAACCCAGCACCCAGCUUCAACCGUCCCAACCCAGCAGCAGUCAACAAACAACCUGUCAAGAAGCGGUUCUGAGCAACCUUCUAAUUCCUCCAGCCGAAACGAAACUCCAAAAGGAAAUGACAACCACAGCAGCAACGACAAUAACAGGGGUGGCAGCAGCAACAACAAUAACAACAACAACUCCAAUCCUCAUGAAGUCACCAUUUUGAAAACACGUAUUUCCGAGCUUGAACUAGUUAAUGAUUUAUACCGUACACGUAUUAUGGAAUUAGAAGCCAUGGAACACGCAGCAAGAUUGAGAGAAACCUCAAUGAGAAAACGUUUGGAAGAAGCAGUGGAGUUACAAGCCAGUCAAUUGGAGGAGUAUAAUCGCAAACAAGAAAUGAAUGCGUCUAAAUUUGGUGUUGGACUGGGUCAACGUUUAUAUUAUCAUCAACCAAGUGACCCUGAGAUUGCCGCAGCUGUUUCCAACUCGAGACAAGUGAUUGGGUACCAACUGUACUUGGCUCACGAUGAACAAAUGGCACAAGCUCAACACCUGGGAAUUCAAUUGAGUGAACGAUUGGGCCAGUCUCAAAAACAACAGCAUCAACAACAGCAACAAAAGCAACUGCAAUUUCCAGAUGGUAGUGUAGCUGAUGCUUCUAGAAAAGAGAAACCUACCGGCAUUUCGACUCACGAAGGAGGUUCAAAGAGAACCAACGAUAGUUCAGUCAUACAAGGAAAUGAAAAGAAAUCAAAACUAAAUUAA